CUUCCACGCAGAAAGUCCACCUCUUCCAUUCCACCCCUCUUCUCCCGACGGAGACAGCCUUGCUUCUUUUGCUCCCGUGCCUCCAGCUCUCCAUCCCAGAUCCCCCCACUCCUCGCUCACUUCCACCUUCCACCGCCCCCAAAACUCCGCGCCGCCCCACCGCCCCGCGCCACCCACCACUCGCCUCCUCCCCCACCACCGCGCUCACGCAAUUCGCGCCGCCGACCCCCCGCCCCGCCCGGCGGCGGAGACAGAGAGUGGGCCGAGGGGCGCGGCGGUGGACGCAGCCAGCCAUGCUCCACAAGUUCGCGCUCGCGUUCAAGACCAAGACCAUCGAGUUCUUCGCCGAGGAGGAGGAUGACGAGGACGCCGACCGAUUCGCGCGCUCCCCGCUCCCGGGCGCGGAUGGGGUCCUGGCUGGGCAGCGGGUGGUCGUGCUGAAGCCCGACCCGCUGAACCCUAACCCUAGCGCGGGCGGGGUCGGGCGGGCGGCGUCCGGGCAGGAGGCGGCCGUCGAGGCGGCGCUCGCGACGGCCUCGUCGUUCCAGGCGGCGUACCUGCACCUGCAGGCGGCCCACUCGCCGUUCCUGCCGGAGGCGGCGGCGGCCGCGGACGCCGCGGCGGUGUCGCACCUCCGCCGGCUGUCGGAGCUCAAGCGGAUCGCGAGGGGCGCGCCGGCGGAGACGCCCGGGCCGGACGGGGGCGGGGCUCUCACGGCGCACCUCGAGGCCCAGGUGCGCGAGAACCAGGCGCUGCUGCGGUCCUUCGACGCCGUGGUGAACCGCCUCCAGGCCGCGCUCGACGCCAAGGACGCCGCGGGUGCCGCGCUGCGGCUCGACCUCGAGGCGCUCGACGACGCCAACGCGCGGCUCUCGGCCCGCCUCGACCGCGCGCUCGCGCCGCCGCCGGGCGGCGACGCCGUCGGCUCCAUGCUUUCCGCGGGCGUCUUCGACUCAGUCCUCCGCGACGCGCUCCGCGUCGCCCACCGAUUCGCCCGCGCGCUAGCCGAGGUCCUCCGGUGCGCUGGGUGGGACCUGACCGCGGCGGCGGCGGCUGCCUACCCAGGCGUCUCCUACUCCAAGGGCGGCCACUGCCGCUACGCCCUGCUCUCCCGCGUCUGCCUCUCCAUGUUCGACGGAUUUGAUUCCUACGAAUUCGGCGCCGCAGCUGACAACGCAGAGCUUGAAGGAAUCGAGCUGGCAAUCCGCCGGAAUGAGUCGCUGCAGCAAUUCAUCGAGCACUCAGAUGCAGACCCAAUAGAGCUCAUGAAUUCAAGCCCAGAUUGUGAGUUUGCCCAAUUUUGCGACCGCAAGUACAAACAGCUGAUCCAUCCUGGCAUUGAGUCCUCCCUGUUUGGGAAUUCAGACUGUGGGACAUUGCCGGUGAUGAGUGUGGCCGGCCCACUCUACGAGCUGUUUGUUGCAAUGGCAAGCUCAAUAUGGACGCUCCACCGGUUAGCUUGGGCGUAUGACCCGGCAGUCGGCAUAUUCCAGGUCAGCCGGGGCACAGAGUUCUCAACGGUGUACAUGGAGAACAUUGUCCGGUCGAAGGGUUUUUCAGGGAGCAAGGAGCUUGGGAAGACAGCGCGACCGAAGGUCGGGUUCACGGUGGUGCCGGGCUUCCGGCUUGGAGGGACAGUGAUCCAAUGUAGGGUGUAUCUAGAUCAUGGGAAGAGGGAAGAAGGCAUUAUAGAUUCAAUUUGAGCUGAUGUGAAACUAUAUAGUCAUAAAAGAAACUGUACAUUCGGAAACAAAAGGAGGCUGUGUAAAGGCGAUGAAGAACAGUGUAUUGAAAUAACCUUCGCAGGAUCAAAGCAGCUGCUCAAUGAUGAGUAUAAAGAAAGCUAUUUAUCUUUUCUUUUAGUUUUUUUGUUCGGCUGAAAGGAGAGGGGGUGUUUGUAGUGUUGUACAAAGGUCAUCAGGUUCAGGGAAGCUUUGUGUUCUAACAGGGUCGAAGAGCUAUUAUCUAAUCUUCGGUAACUUAUUUGUGUGUAAUUCGACUUCAUCUGUAAAUGUAUAUUUAUGAGUAUGUGCUCCCCAGUCUCUUGCAUAUUUACUUA